AUGAUGCAGAAGUCAUCUAAAAAUUGGGGCGGGGAAAGGAGGCUACGCUUAGGAAGGCAAACAAACUGCGGAAGUUGUAGCGGACAAGUUGGGAGGUCCGGUAGGUGUCCCCUCCCAACAGGGAAUGAGCAAGUGCCACGGCGGCAGGACUUUUCCCUUCUUUGAUUGUGGAAGGUGCUAGACAAAAACAUGGAACUAAUUUCCCCAACAGUGAUUAUAAUCCUGGGUUGCAUUGCUCUUUUAUUAUUCCUUCAGCGGAAGAAUUUUCGUGGACCCCCGUGCAUAAGGGGAUGGAUUCCUUGGAUUGGAGCUGGAUUUGAGUUUGGGAAGGACCCUCUAGAAUUUAUAGAGAAAGCAAGAAUCAAGUAUGGACCAGUAUUUACAGUCUUCGUUAUGGGCACCCGAAUGACCUUUGUUACUGAAGAAGAGGGAAUUAAUGUGUUUCUAAAAUCCAAAGAAGUAAAUUUUGAGCUAGCAGUGCAAAAUCCCGUCUAUCGUACAGCAUCAAUUCCAAAGAAUACUUUUUUAACACUGCAUGAAAAACUUUAUAUCAUGAUUAAAGGGAAACUAGGGACUUUCAACCUGUAUCAACUCACUGGACAACUGACUGAAGAAUUACAUGAGCAACUGGAGAACUUGGGCACUCAUGGGACAAUGAAGCUGAACAAUUUAGUAAGGCAUCUUCUUUAUCCAGUCACAAUGAACAUACUCUUUAAAAAAGGCUUGUUUCCCACAGACAAGAGAAAAAUCAAGGAGUUCUAUCAGCAUUUUCAAGCUUAUGAUGAAGGUUUUGAGUAUGGGUCCCAGAUGCCAGAAUGUCUUCUAAGAAACUGGUCAAAAUCCAAAAAGUGGCUUUUAGCACUUUUUGAGAAAACCAUUCCAGAUAUUAAAACAUACAAAUCUGUAAAAAAUAAUUCCACGACAUUAAUGCAGGCUAUGCUGGAUAUCAUAGAGACGGAGAGAAAGGAAGAAGAGAGCCCCAAUUAUGGGCUCUUAAUACUUUGGGCUUCUCUGUCCAAUGCUGUCCCUGUUGCAUCUUGGACAUUUGCAUUUAUCCUCUCUCAUCCCACUGUCCACGAGACCAUUCUGGAAGGCAUAUCUUCUGUGUUUGGCACAGCAGGUAAAGAUAAGAUAAAAGUAUCUGAGGAUGACUUGAAGAAACUCCCACUAAUCAAGUGGUGUAUUUUAGAAGCCAUUCGUUUAAGAGCCCCUGGUGUCAUUACCAGAAAAGUGCUGAAGCCAGUUAAAAUUUUGAAUUACACUGUUCCUUCUGGUGACUUGUUGAUGUUGUCUCCAUUUUGGCUGCAUAGAAAUCCGAAAUAUUUUCCUGAACCUGAAUUGUUCAAACCUGAACGUUGGAAAAAGGCAAAUUUAGAGAAGCACGCUUUCUUGGACUGGUUUUUGGCAUUUGGAAGCGGGAAGUACCAGUGUCCUGGAAGGUGGUUUGCUCUGUUACAGAUUCAAAUAUGCAUUAUUUUAAUACUUUAUAAAUAUGACUGUCGUCUUCUAGAUCCAUUACCAAAGCAGAAUCCUCUCCAUUUGGUGGGUGUCCAACAGCCAGAAGGACAAUGCCGAAUUGAAUUUAAACAAAGAAAAUGACAUCUGUAUUUCCCUGAUAUGUCGUAGUCAAGCAGAGAAAGACAACUAUCAUAUGAUCUCCCUGAUAUGAGGAAGUGGUGAUGCAACAUGGGGGCUUAAGUGGGUAGGAGAAGAAUAAAUGAAACAAGAUGGGAUUGGGAGGGAGACAAACCAUAAGUGACUCUUAAUCUCACAAAACAAACUGAGGGUUGCUGGGGGGAGGGGGUUUGGGAGAAGGGGGUGGGAUUAUGGACAUUGGGGAGGGUAUGUGCUUUGGUGAGUGCUGUGAAGUGUGUAAACCUGGUGAUUCACAGACCUGUACCCCUGGGGAUAAAAAUAUACGUUUAUAAAAAAUAAAAAAUUAAUAAUAUGUUAAAUAGGAAAAAAAAAAAAAGAAAAUGACAUCUGUUGGGUCUAAAGAGGGCUGGGGCCUUCUGGAAGAGUGAUUGUCCCCAUCCACUAGCCUGGCAGCAUCUAGACCUGAGCUCUGCUAAAACAUACUGCUUAACUUAGUUUUAGGAUUUAGUUCAAGAGCAUGUCUAAAUGGUAGGUGUAUUUGGUAACUUAAGAGUAGACCAAGAAUCUGACAUCACUCUCACGAGGUCUGAAUACAGGGGUUAUAGAAGAUGUUUAAAUGAUUUUUAAAAGAUGCAUUUCCCCAGGAGUUGCAAUUUGGUUUCAUGCAUAACUGUAUUAAACUUUAAAUAGAAAUAGUGCCACUUGAAUGAAAAUCUUAGUAAACUAUGAAGGCCACAUACUUAAAUUUCUAUUUUGAAAAAGGCUAAAAGUCUUAGAGUCUAAGAAAAUAUUAAAACAGUUAUUUUUUUAGUUUUCUCAUUAUUAUUCCCAAAUGGCAAUUGCAAUUCUUUUUUUGUUUUUAAUUUUUUUUUUAAGAUUUUAUUUAUUUGACAGACAGAGAUCACAAGUAGGCAGAGAGGCAGGCACAGAGAGAUGAGGAAGCAGGCUCCCUGCCAAGCAGAGAGCCCGAUAUAUGACUCGAUCCCAGGACCCUGAGAUCAUGACCCGAGCCAAAGUCAGAGGCUUAACCCACUGAGCCACCCAGGCGCCCAGCAAUUGCAAUUCUUAAGUCCUAUUAAUAUAAUUUUUUAUGGUAAACAAGACUAGUGCUGAAACAAUGAAUAAAAGGAUAGCUUUCUAAGACCUGUGAAGAUGGGGAGCAUGUCUUACACUCUUUCUGUGCUCAGCUACACCAGGACAACACCUUCUGUAUAAGGUUUAUUCAGUAAAGGUAUGCUGAUUGAUAUAUUGAUUUGUAUUUUAAUGAAGGUGAAAGUACUCUUGAUUCAAGACAUUAGUAAUUAUAGGUAAAGAGGGAAUAUUUUUGUGGGUAGAAACAGAAGUAAAGUGAAGUCAAGGCAAAUAAAAGCAUUUGAAUGUAUUACUUUGGACUUCUGUCUGAAAUAUUUACUGUGAAACCAUGAAAAGAAAACCUGUCAUGCCCCAGGAAAAACACACGACACUAGUAACAGAGUGCUCAGUGAUGUCAUGAUUUGUCCUCUAAUAUUCAGUAAAAUGCUGCUUGCCUCCUUUAUUUCACAAUAAAUAAGCUUUGUGUGCA